GUAAAAAGUUUUUUUAACUCACAAUUACAAUUUACCCAAUUUAACCAAGAUAAAUAGCAACUUCCUACAGACAUGCCUGUGAUUAUAAAUAUAAAAAAAAGUUCUCAAAAAGUCCAGAAGCAUUAACAAAACCAGUGGGAAAAUAUAUCAAUAAAAUGUAUGUAUGUGUGUAUGUAGAUUUAAAAAGGAGAGCACGAAAAAAUACAAUUUUCCGAAAUCAAGUGCCUUUUUUGAGGAGCUACUGUAUUUAUGGGGCACCGUAUCUCCAAGGAUCAGUAAAGGCAGCAUAUGUCACUACUUGACACCGGAAGCGCUUUCUGGUUCUGCGCAGAAAAGUAGUGCAGAAUUUUGCUGAGGCUUUCAGACUUGGUCAGAACUAUAUUUACAGUCCCAUCCAAGCCAGAGCGGAGGCCGAGGGCAUGUCUGACAUCUCCCGACCGACGCUCAGCGCCCUCCACCAGGCGUUCAGGAACAGCUUCGCCGCGCUGGAGAGCAACCAGCGGCUGUGGGGGAGCGAGCUAGCGGAGUGCAGCCCUCUCCUGGGGUCUCUGGGGAACCUAGCGGAGCAGAUGAGAGCUCUCUCUAACGUGCGGGUCUCCAGCACGCCGCUCGGAACCUUCCCGAAGCUGGAGGAGCGGCUGCGCUUCAAACUGCAGGAGGCCGCGGACACGGUGCUGGAGAAACUCAACGAGAAGAUGUGUCGUCUGCAGUCUGCCAGAGACGCCAUCAGUAACCAGGUGAGGUCCGUCAUGCAGCUGUAUGAGCAGAACGCCACCAGUUUGGACCUGCAGGCCGUCACAGAGCGCUCCGCCGUCACCCCGUCAGUCGCAGACAUGCUGGAGUGGCUUCAGGACGCCGAGCGCCACUACAGGCAGCAAUUCCUGCAGAGGAAAGUUCUGCUGCAAACGCUCAGACCCAACGACCUCGCUCUGCUGGAAUCCCUUCCUGAGAGGUGGAAGUCCCUGGAGUCUCCUGACGGCGAGCAGCGAAUCACAGAAACACUUUGCAGAGUGUCAUUUUUCCUGGAGCUGGAGUGAAGACGGAGGAGCAGAACUGGAACCAGAACCUUCUGAGCAGGACAGAAGUCAAUGAUGCAGACACGGAGAGGAAGACGAGGGAUUUGAAGACACUUCAUCAAAUCGUCUUUAUUGUCUACUGAACACAGUCGGGUUCACUGCAGUUGCAACACCACACACGUCAGAGAGGACAACUGCAGCCAAUCACAGCGCAGCGGCGCCCAAAGUCACACCUGGCGGGGAUCCUCCUGCUACACGUACUCCCUCAUGGGGAGGCUGCUGGAGGUGAUGGGUUUGGGAGGAUCGGGAGCGGAGGCGGGGGAGUUGGCAAAGCUCCGUCCCAUGUAGCCCCUGCGGUACCGACCGCCCCGCUCCAUAAGUGGGCAGGUGCUGCUCAGCACGGCGCCGCUGAUUAUCAGGAUGACGGCGGCGGCCCAGCCCAGGUAGAUGGCCU